GAGAGAUCUGUGUAACCUAAGCAUGGAGAGUAGCAGAGGUGGCGGCUUGGCAAUCCGGAGGGUCCGGCAUGGAGUACCCUUGCCAGGGGAGGGCAGCCACAGUCACCGGGGGAAGCAGAGCCUCGGGGAGGAACGGAAGCCCCACAGCCGUGCUAUAGCGUUUGGAGGCUCGGUGUCCUUGGUGCUGAUACUGUAUGCGCUGGCUGUGCGAGGCUUGGUGCAGAUCUCACUGCGGCAAUUAGUGACCCCUGGAAGCCACAGCACGGACUUCAAUGCCACCGCUGCCAGGGGCUAUUUGGAGCGCCUCACGGCUAUUGAUUCCAGGACAGUGGGCAGCCCAGCCAAUGAAAUUCUAGCCGUGAACUACCUUCUGGAACAGAUUAGGGAGAUCCAAGCAAAGGCCAAUGCAGCUCACAGGGUAGCGGUGGAUGUCCAAAGACCCACAGGAUCGUUUAGCAUUGAUUUCCUCGGAGGCUUCACCAGUUACUACGAUAACAUAACUAAUAUAGCAGUGAAGCUGGAGCCGCAGCAUGGAGCAGAGCACGCCGUGCUAGCAAACUGUCACUUUGACUCUGUGGCCAACACGCCAGGUGCCAGUGAUGAUGCAGUGAGCUGUGCUGUCAUGCUUGAAAUCUUGGAGACCUUGUCCACUUUGUCUAAUCCGUUGAAGCAUGCUAUUGUGUUUCUUUUCAAUGGAGCAGAAGAAAACAUCCUACAGGGCAGCCAUGGCUUCAUCACUCAGCACCCGUGGGCCAAGAUGGUUCGAGCUUUUAUUAAUUUGGAGGCUGCUGGAGUUGGAGGGAAGGAGCUGGUGUUUCAGACAGGUCCAGAAAACCCAUGGCUGGUACAAGCCUAUGCAGCAGCUGCAAUACAUCCUUUUGCCUCUGUGGUGGCACAGGAAGUUUUUCAAAGUGGCAUUAUCCCAUCAGAUACAGACUUCCGCAUAUACAGAGACUUUGGCAAUAUUCCAGGAAUAGACUUGGCCUUUAUUGAAAAUGGCUACAUUUACCACACAAAGUAUGACACGGCAGACCGAAUACUUACAGACUCCAUCCAAAGAGCUGGUGACAAUAUAUUGAGCGUGCUGAAAUACUUGGCUAUGUCUCACCAGCUUGCUGAUUCCUCAGAGUUUCGCCAUGGGAACAUGGUCUUUUUCGAUGUAUGUGGGCUCUUUGUCUUGUCAUACCCAGCACGUAUUGGAACCGUCAUCAACUACAUAGUGGCUACAGUCACUUUCGUUUACCUGAGCAAAAAAAUCGCCAAGUACAGGCGUGCAGGUGUCAACUAUUCGUGGGACCUGAUGUGUGGACUCUUUAUUUCGAUUAUGGGUUGGAUCUCUGCCUUGAUAACCGUCCUGAUUAUAGCAGUGUUAGUUUCACUCACCGGAAAAGCACUGUUUUGGUACACUCACUUCUAUGUGUCUGUGGGUCUAUAUGGAUCUGCAGCUUUAGCCAAGCUGAUACUUGUGCACACCCUGGCCAAGAACAUCUACUAUAAAAGCACAAACAGCCAGUAUUUAGGGGACUUGUUUUUUGACGUGACAUUGAUUACAUGGUGUGUACCCUUGGUACUUGUAACCCAUUCAGGACUAUGUUCUGCUUAUUUCUUUGCCUUGUGGGUCAUUUUCCCUCUGCUCACAAAAUUAUCCAUUCAACAAGAAUUUAUUCAUCAAGGCUCUUCAUCUAAAUUUGUUGCUUUGUACCUGCUGGGGCUACUUGGCCCAUAUUUGCACACCAUGUACCAUGUGUGGGCAAUGUUUGAGAUGUUCACACCAAUUCUUGGUCGGAGUGGCACAGAAAUCCCACCAGAUGUGGUGAUGGCUUCCUUUGUUGUUGUUUCCACCGUAGUUCUUUCUUCGUAUUUUAUCAACUUUGUGUACCUUAUAAAGGGUACAAAGGGGAUGCUGAUCAGCUUGGGCUUAGUGUCAGUUGUCACAUUCGCCCUUGUCUGCAGUGGCAUGUUUUUUCCAUAUAGUUCCAGCAUGGACAGCCCAAAGCCCAAAAGAAUCUUUCUACAGCACACAAUUCGAACUUUCCAUGACCUGAAUGGACAUGUGGUGAAAAAAGAUUCAGGAAUAUGGAUCAAUGGCUUUGAUUACACCGGAAUAUCCCAUGUCACUCCUCAUAUACCUGAAUUAAAUGACUCUAUUCGAACCACAUGUGAAGAUGCCCCUUUUUGUGGAUUCCCGUGGUAUUUUCCUGUCCAUACUUUAAUCAGGAAAAAUUGGUAUCUCCCAGCCCCUCCACCUCCUCUUUCUGAACGCACUGAUAUUAGACUUGUGUCUAGGGAAGCAAUGCCUUGGGGGUCUACUAGACUGGUGCUUGAAGUAAAAGCACCCAGCCAUGUGACGCUUCACAUGCGUCCACAUGAAGGAAGUGUAUUGUCCAGCUGGUCUCUUGGUGAUGGAAUUCCUGUGACCAGUAGUGGUGGGGACUAUUUUGUAUUUUAUUCCCAUGGGCUGCAAUCCCCAGCGUGGAAGUUCUGGAUAGAAGUUAAGAGCUCUGAUGGACGCAACACCGGCUUGAUUACGGUGGCUUUUGCGUCACACUAUUUCUUUGGCAAUAAUCAACAUUCUCCUCAUCUUGAUGCUCUGGAGAAGAAGUUCCCUGCCUGGAGUUUCCCGUCCAGCUGGGUGUGCACCUACGACGUAUAUGCCUACUGAUGCCUUAUCGCUGCACAUUGAAGAGAUUUGAAAAAAUUGUCCGUGUCUGAAAUAAUUCUAAAACGUCCAUUUGUAAAGUGUCUGUCUGAGAAGACUACAAACAUGUCUGUGGCUAUGAAUACUGUAAAUGUUAGGGAAUGGCAGCUUCAUGUAAAAUAAUGAUUGAUACUAAACUUGGCACAAGUUGUCCACUGCUAGGUAAAAAAAAAAAGACUUUUGCAGGGAUUAUAACUUAAAGAAAAGGCAGUGAUAGCUGCCUGGGAUAACUGUAUAUGCCGUGUGCGUUUACUACUGAUCAGGUAUAUAUGAAUUUUAUACUUUUGCAAUAAUAAUGCAUUUUUUUACUUUAUUUUUUGGCCUUAGGUAGUCAUGUUAAUUUUGUCACCGGUAAGACAAAAAAAAAGUUUUUGUAGAUUUCGAGAGUUUGAAAACUCUAGAAUGUUGCCAAUAAAGUUUCAAAGGGCCACGUAUAUGACAAAGGAAACAACUCCAAGCAAAAAAUAAGCAGAGCUUUGUUAAAAGAGCAAGUAAGGGCA